AUGCUGAGCAUCUCAGUCAUCACAGUCCCAGUGCUGUACAACACGAUCGAUGCACCAAGUCAACUCCUGAAGCAAUGGUCGCGGCUCUACUACUAUGGCCAUAUCUACAUGCCAGCUAUGUCGGUCGCUGUCACCGGGCUGUUCUUUUACAUUGCCAUUCAGAAACGUGCUUUGAAGCAGGAUAUCUGGCUGCGCUAUGCGAUGGCUGGUGCCACAACGAUCACUAUGGUGCCCUACACCUUGACAGUGAUGGCGCCCACCAACAACAGUCUGUUUGCACUUUCGGAUGAGGCUUGGGACGGCUCUUCCAACUUGAGUCUGGGAGAGGUUCAGAAGAUCAUUUACGGUUGGGCAUGGUUGCAUGUUGCUCGAUGCUUCUUUCCAUUCGUCGGUUCCAUGAUUGGCUUGAUGAGCUUUAUGCAAGAAUCGAUGAGUCACUAG